UCGUGUCUUUUUUGACACGCGUGGGAUUCCCAAGCGACUGCCUGCCUAUCUCGGAAAUGACGUAGUGUUGUUGUUCCAGGAAGAGGACACGGGAAAGCACUGAACUGCGUCAACAUUCUUUUUUAUGAAACAUUUGGAUUUUAGUCGCUGCUCAAGCAUGGCAGCCGGUUUUAGCCGAUGCUGACUGAUUCAUGGCGUUGAUUGGGGACGGACAUUUAUUAGACAACAACAUGGACAUGUCAAACUUUGCCCACGUCAUCUUCCAGAAUGUAUGGAAGAGCUACCUGCCUCACGCUGCACUGGAGUGUCACUAUACCCUCACACAGUUCAUCAAACCACACCCAAAGGACUGGGUUGGCAUUUUCAAGGUCGGCUGGAGUACCGCAAGGGACUAUUACACAUUCCUGUGGUCCCCCCUCCCUGAGAACUAUGUGGACGGCACCGCAGUCAACAGAACAGUGGUCUUUCAGGGAUAUUAUGUGCCCAAUGAUGACGGAGAGUUCUACCAGUUCUGCUAUGUGACCCACAAAGGGGAGAUUCGGGGAGCCAGCACACCUUUCCUUUUCCGUGCCAAGAGCCCCUCGGAGGAAGAGCUGUUGACUGUGGAGGAUGAAUGUAACUCUGACAUCCUGGUGGUCACCACCAAGGCUGGCUUUCUUGAGCAAAAGGUGGAAGAAGCUCAGAGGGACAAAGAUGAGCUGGUCAAAAAGAUGGCUCUGCUGCAGCAGGAGUUGGAGCAGUUGGAAGCAGCCAAGGAGAGCCUGCAGAAAGAGUGUGAGCAGGAGAAGGAGAACUACGCCAUGUUGAAACGACAGAAUCAAGAGGUGCAGGCUUCUGCUAAGGCCCUGCAAGAGGAGAAGGAGGAAGUAAAGAGGAGACUGGAAGAGGCCACGUCCAAGGUGUUACAGCUGGAGGAAGACCUUAUUGGAGUCACCCAGAGAGGCCUGCAAAAGGAAACUGAGCUUGACUGCCUCAAGGAUAGAAUGAAAAAACUAACUGCAGAGAAGGAAACCCUUGAGUCUCAAGUCAACAACGAGAGAGAUGAGAAGGAACUGUACAAGAUUCACCUGAAAAACCGUGAGUUGGAGAACACUAAGCUAAGUGCGGAGCUGCAGAUGCUGAAGUCGGUGGAUGUAAACAAAGACAACACCAUUGCUCAGUUUAAAGAGGAGGUGGGACGCCUGCAGAUGUGCCUUACAGAGAAAGAGAAGCAGUACAGAGAAAUCAUGGCCAAAGUUUCCCCCUUGGGAGAUUUGAAGGCACUGAAGGAGCAGCUGCGGCAGAAAGAGGAGCAGCUCCAGGCCAACCAGCAGCAGUCCACCCUACUGGCUGCGGAGCUGAGGGACGCGUCGAGCACUCGCGACCGCACCAUGUCCGAGUUGUACCAUAUGAAGCUAGAGGCUGAUGCCCUACGACAGGCCAAGGCUGAGGCUCAGGCUCAAUGUGCUCGCCUGGAGAGCCUGGUGGAGCAGAUGAGGGCAGAGGCCAAACAAGAGGCUGCCAAAGCAGAAGAAGAUAUCUGUAGUACAGACCCAGCUCUUGUAGCAGAGCUGCAGAGAGAGGUGGAAGACCUGAAGCUGCGGCUGCACAUGGCCGCAGAGCACUACAAGGAGAAAUAUAAGGACUGUACGCGGCUGCAAAAACAAGUGCUGAAACUGUCUGAGCAGCAAGGGGAGCAGAAGAGAGGCUCAACACAAGAGCUGAUGACGGUACCGUUAUCAGUGAGUCCAGACACGUCUGUGCCAGGGAGUCCUGGUUCUGCAGAUCCCAUGCUGGAGGCCAUCAUCCAGGAGAAGCUCAAAGGCAUCAGCAGAGAGGCUUCUGACAGAAAUGACAAAUGCAGGAAAUACAAGCAGAUGUUAAUGGAGGAGAAGGAACGGAGCUGCAUGUUCGCCGAUGAACUUUCUAAGAUGGAGCUGAAAUUUAAGGAGCAACUGAAGGUUAACGACAACCUGAAGCUGCAGCUGGCGUCAGAGGAAGACCGCUGCAAGAGCCAGGUAGCCGAGAAGGGGCGGGAGCUAAAGGAUCUGAAGGGCACACUAGCUCUUGUUGUGAGAGAGAAGGAAAAACUGGAGGAGCUUCAGAAAAACAUGAAGAAGGGCGAGCAGGUGGCCAGUGGGAAAACCAGUUUGGAGAAUGUUCAGUCCAGUGUGCCUUUAUUCCUGCAGUACCCCGUCCCGUAUGCCCAGGAUGCCCCCACCCCUCUGUUGGUUUCUCAGAGCCCCUCAAAGCUGCACUUCAGGAACCCAUACACCAUCCCCGACUCAAAAGACGACGACGAUGAUGACGAGUCAGAUGAGCAGCUGCUUCGUCUCCCCCCUGUGGGCCCACCCUCCUGGGACAGCAACGUGGUGUGUAUCCAACCCACCCGCAAUCAGGCCCGGCCCGAAAGCCACGAGGACUCUGAGGAUAAACCGAGCAACAACAAUAACAAUGUUAAUGUCAAUGAAAAGUCCACCACAACAGAACCCCCCAUCCCAUUUGUGAACGACGGACAAACUCCUUUUUGCUUUGAUCACAGCAUGGACAUGAAGCGGUGCCCGCUCUGCGAGGUCAUCUUCCCACCCAACUACGACCAGUCCAAGUUCGAGGAGCACGUGGAGAGCCAUUGGAAAAUCUGCCCCAUGUGCAGCGAGCAGUUCCCGCUGGACUGCGACCAGAAGGCGUUCGAGAACCAUGUGCUCACCCACUUUGACGGCCACAUGCUCAACUUCGACUAAUCAGCGCAGACGUGGAUAUUCUUGCCGCGCCCUUUCUCCUUGCAUGCAACACGGUGUGAAGGUCCAUCCUUGCUUUCAUAGAAAACAAAAUGAUUUAAUCUGUGUACAUUGUAAGAAUACGCAAUCAGUAACCUUUUCUUUUUGACUUCAAUUUAAAUCCAGUUAACAAGGCACGCGAAAACAGCGUAUAUUUCGUGCAGCAAGACAUUAUUAAACACAUUUAUUUUAGAAUAAUUCUAAGCCUUGAUGCUGGGUGUAUGAUUGGGUUUUUUUUUUCUAUCUUUGUUUAGUAUUUUUGGUCAUAUCAUUAUUCAGUCAUUGCAUGCUCGAAGCUUCUGUUCAAUUCCCCCACCUGACCAGGUUUUAUUGCUAUUAAGUUAUUUUAUCCAUAAACUUGUUUUACCUGUUAAGUGAACCAAUAAAGUUUGAAACAUGAGAACACGUUUUUAUUCCAAACAUAACAAAAGUUUACACGAAGCAGCUUUUUUUUGAGGAAAUACAACACCAGUCAGUAUUUACCUCCUUUACAUAAGUUUUUUUUUUCUUCCAGAAACAUAUGAAAAUAUAAUUUAAUGCACUUGAAGCGUAACACAUUCACUGUACACCUAUUAUUAAAAGACAUCUGGCAGUACAAUACUGUCACAACUCUCCAUUAAAAUGCAAACAUCCAUGCCAUGCAGUGAAAAAUAGAUUUUGAAACAUGAUUGGUGGCAACGUCAGCACUUUUUCAUUUUACAAUGAAAACUUGUACAAAGAGCUCCAGAAUUGCUUUUAUAACAGCUUCACAAGCCUCUAAUGCAGGGGUGUCCAAACUUCUCCCACCGAGGGCCACAUACAGAAAAUUCUUCAAAGCUAUUUGAACAAAAUAGUCACAUUUUCACAUUUCUGUGACCAAGAAACGUAAUAUCUAAUACAUCUUAAUUACAUUUUCUGAAGGACCAAAAACGUUGUACUUUGGACACCCCUGCUGUAACACGUGUUUACCUCCACUGUCAUGAUCUGGAAUGGUUGACAAUUCAAGGCGAGGACAAACAUCACAAGACUAGAAACACUGGAAUUUUGAUGUACAUUCUGCAAAGUGCCACUUAACAGUAGCUUUUGUAUACUUUUACUGCAUAUUUACAUAAUAUGUAUACAUCAGGAAUGUGAGGUUGGCAAAAAUGCUCAUUUGUUGGCAACUUGUUGAGAGAAAAAAAGUGCUUGAAUCCCGCACUACAAUGUAAUGAGGAGAAAACUACUUCGGUAUUAGGAAUGUGUUUGUGAAAAUGACGCAAAAUUAUAUCAAUGUGGGUUUGAACACUUAGAACAUGUUGCUGAAAUGCUUGCGAACGUCACCUGAGUUGGGUGAUG